AACCAGAAUCCCGAUUAGCUUCGUCCUCAACCAUAGUAUCUCCAUCCAUACGUGGUGCCUAGUUUCGUCAUUGCUCGGUCGCUUGCUCCCUACUUCAUACAGUACUCUGCCAUGCGGGUGUUCAUUCAUCUCGCUUCCUUCAACAGCUUUUGAUUGACGCGCAACGCACCACGUCCCGCAACCUUCACACGUCAACAACCUAGAACAAAGACGAACCCACAAAGUCCCUGCAUAUGAUUGACCGGUCUCCUUGACGGCGGCCGCCGCGGCCUAUCGACCCCCGAAUCCGGGCUCAUUGGCUUACCCCCACAAGCCUUGAGCUAGCUGUCAUUGCUUGCUACCAGGCAGGCAAAAAGAACAAGCGCCGUGGAUCGCGGCGAAUAAUUUCAAAAGACAAUAUCACCUAUACUGGGCUGCUUUGCGUGCCUUAUUCUGCGCUUCAUUGCGUACCUGCUCAGUCGCCGCUGGGUACGCCCAGAGGUGCUCCAAGCCUAUUUGCGACUGGUGGACCAUUAAACGAUUUCGAACGGAGCAUCUAUCGAUCUUUGGCUUUCGGCGCCACCAAACCUCAAAAUGAUGAAGACUACAAUACCAAAGCGCUUCCUGACCCUACGCGACAGGGACCGACAUGGAGGCGCGCAUCGACGAAGCAAGUCGACGGAGCCAGGGUCAAAGUCUCGUUCCUCCGCCGCCGACACCCUCUUGUCAAUGUUCAACAGGGAUCGCUCAGGAAACAACUCUGCCAAGGCAAAGGAGGAGGAGGAGGAGAAGGAACACGUAAAAAUGGAGGAGCUUAUGAACUGGGUUGAAGAGGAGAGUAUAGGCGUCACACCUGACCAAAUCCAAAAUGCCCUUGCGUCAAACUACGCCUCUGGCAACGUCGUUGCGGCAAAAGAGCUCCUCAGGUUCCAAUGCGAAGCUCUCGAUGGUACGAUACGAUCGUACGACCCGAAUGUUGCGAUGCUUGGCGCCGAGAAUCGAGGGGCAGUUACGUGCUACCUGGAUUCUCUACUGUUUGCCAUGUUUGCCAAGAUGGAGGCUUUUGAAUGCAUGCUCACUCGGCGCGAGUAUCCCAACGAAGCACAGCAGAAGUUGGCGGUACUCCUGAGACUCUGGGUCAACCUUUUACGGAGUGGGAAGCUGAUACGGGCGGAGAUGGUCGAAGAUGUACAGGAUGCACUUGCUGCAUGCGGCUGGGCGGAUGCGAAGCUGCUAGAGCAACAAGACACAUCGGAGGCGUUUGCUUUCAUUACAGAAACAUUACAAUUGCCAUUACUGACCUUGCAAGUUGAUCUAUUCCACCAGGGUAAAGGCGACGCGGAUGACCACAAGGUUGUGUUUGAGAGGCUAUUAAACCUCGCAGUCCCAGCCGACCCCGAAGGCAAAGGCGUCAAGCUAGAAGAUUGCUUGGAGGAAUAUUUCAAUACGCGAGUCGACGUUCUGCGAGACAGGCCAGAUGACAAGAAAGGCUUCGAUAUCAGGUUUGAGGAAGAGGUCAGCUACCUAUCAGAAAGUCCCGUCGAUGUGCCGACCCCUAAAAGGGGCAACACAUUAGGUCCACACAAUACAAUUAGGCUCGUGACCGACCGCGACGAUGAUGAUGAAGGUCGGAAAGACGAAGAAGACAAGCUCGACGAGAUCGCACCAUUACAGCGGCGCUGGUCUAACCUAGAAGACGUGGGAGGGUCCUCAUCAGCGACUCCAACCACCGAGCGGCCCGUGACGCGGCCAUCUGCUCGGUUACGUUCGACCAGCAUUAUACAACGUGUUGUGUUGGAUGCUCAAGGAAACCCUACGGAUGCGGAUGCUUCAACGUUAUUACAAAAGGUCAAAAGGCAGGGGUCAACGGUUGUGAAGGCAGUGACAAUACCGGCGUGGCAGUUCUUCAAGUUAAUACCCUGGCACUCUGCCGGUAAGGACGAACCACUUAAUGAUACCGAUGUCGCAAAGCACCUCAACAACCGCCCCGUAGUGGGCAUUUGUCUCAAGAGGUACAUGAUGACAGAAGCGGGUCAGCCUCGCAGACAAAACACAUUUAUCGACAUACCUGACAGCAUGAGGUUACCGCACUUUAUGCUGGUGAACGACGCUACUGUCGAGGAGUCUAAUGGGCUUAGCGCAGAGUUCAAGCUUGUGUUGCAGUCGGUUGUGUGCCAUCGCGGCGACUCGUUACAUAGCGGACAUUACGUUGCAUUUUCCAGGGUGGCACCCAAGCUGCUGACGGACAAUCGACGGCACGAUGCGGAUCCUCCACCAGACUACGAAGAUGCCCAAUGGGUCAAAUUUGAUGACCUGUUGGAUGAAAGAGUCACCUACGUGGAUGACAUCAAGCAGUCGCUCAAGGAUGAGAUGCCCUACCUGUUGUUUUACCAGAUUGUACCCAUGGUAGACUACUCGUCAGCGACGACAGGGCAGGCGACGUUGGAAAUGGAUGACCAAGUUAAAGGCGCGGUGAUGCCACCUUCCUACAACGACUCGACUGUCAACUUUGCGGCAACCACUGCAUCAUCGUACUCACCGACUUCGGACAGCGAAAGGCCCGAUAAUUCUCGACGGACGAGUGGGUAUUUCGAUACGACCACGACGGCCACUUCGACAACUGGACCCAGCAUAGGGUUUUUUACAGACCUUGAUCGACCACCUCGGCCGAGCAUUGACAUCGAAUCCCUUGGGAAUAGUAGCGCUUUUGGAGAAACCUUUCUCAAGCCAAGCACAUCUCGACGCGGCAGCAUGCCCUUUUCGGACGCAUCCGGAAUCUUGGCCAGCGACUCCUCGCAACCCCCUCAGCAACAGUCACCUGUCGUUACACCCUCCGAGGGACGGCUAGCGAAGGCAGCGGCAAUGUUUAAGCCGAAGGACAAGGAUCGAGAACGGGAAAGGGAAAGGGACCCCAAGGAGCAUUGGGAAAGGCGAGGCAGCCGACCGGCCAGCCAGGCGGGCGAGGGACGUAUGAGCCUUACCAUGUCAAGGCUGGGUGGGUUAAUGCUGCGCACCAGUAAAGAGCCCCUUCGAGAGAUGCCAGUGGCGUCGUCUGGCGAGCAAGAAUCAUACGAGGACCAGCUACCCUCGUCACAACACGUUGAGAUACAGCCAACCCAGCAACAGCAGGCGGCAGAUGGGACAUCCAAGGACAACAAGGAAUGUUGUGGACGAAAAGAUAGCAAGGAUAAAGGAAGGGGAAAGCAUCAUCACCAUAUGCACCGCAAAAGUGCGGGUGGCGAGCCGGAGCGGGAGUGUGUUGUCAUGUAGGUGGGAUAACGGAAGGAAGACGUCUUGCAUCAGCGGGGAGUUGGCUUCUCGUUUCUAAUUGGUCUCUGCUGUUUUGGGUUCUGUAGGACUGGGGAAACAGGCUACGCUUUGAGUUUAUGGGGGUGGUUUGCAUAGAGCUGUUCCUCGUAUGUGGCUUAUUUCUUGUCGGAGUUUAGGUUAUGCUGUGAUGCGUGGCAUCCGUCUAUAUUUUAAUGCCACAAAGGCCCGGCUACAAGGAAUGAGACGACAAAGGAAUUGCAUUGGGUUAGGAUAGACGGCGUUUUGGCAUCAAAUAUACCCCUUUCUUUCAGAUAGAAGGAUAUCAAGAAUGGAUCUAGAAACAAUAAUAUUUGUUGCUGA